UACAAGCAGGCCAACGAGGGCCUCUACGGCGGCGCCAAGGUGCGCUUCGGCAACGUCAUCUCGGAGAAGUGGAACCGCAAGUCGCGCACAAAGUGGCACCCCAACCGCCACACCAAGCGCCUCUGGUCCGUCGGCCUCCAGAGCUUCAUCCGCGUCCGCCUGACCACCCGCACCCUCCGCACCAUCGACAAGCUCGGCGGCAUCGACGAGUACCUCCUGGGCCCCAAGGCCGCGCGCGUCAAGGAGCUCGGCCCCGCGGGCUGGGCGCUGCGGUGGAAGGUCAUG